AUCAUGGUAAAUGAGAGUAGUUAGAUUAAUAUUGUUUAAACAGUAUGCCUACAUGUAUAUUGGUAUUGACAUUCAACGAGGCAAUGAAAUUGCGGUACUGUAUUCUCCCCAAUUAUCACUAGCAUUUUCACCUGUAUGUUACACCAGUGAUGAUCAUCACUACAAUCAAUUUAUAUUUGCUUUAUUACGAUACAACAUUGGUACCCUAUGGUAACACGGCGUGAAUCGCUACAGGAAUAUGAUUACUGCAAAGGGGUCUAGUGCUCGACUACGCUGUAAGCCAACUUUCUGAUUCACCGUUGCUAGAAGAUGCAUAAAUAUUUGUUUCACAUAGAAUAUAGGCAUCACCGUUUCGAAACCCCCCUCCCCCUCCUUCUGACAUGGGCUAUGCAAGGCACGACAAGGAGACAACACUCAGUUGAAUCAAGACAAUAAGUUCGCGAUUCAAAUUGAAAUAGUUUUAUUUCGAUGAGAGGUGCUUAAUAUUCGGUGUACCGGUAUUAAAAGAGUAUGGAUGACGUGACUCAAGAUUUACACAAAGCAGUAUCAAAAGGGAAGAUUAGGAAAGUAAAGCAUCUAAUCAAAAAAGGAGCUGACAUACACCAAGCAGACCAAGAUGGAAACACGUGUUUACAUAUUGGAGUUAUUAAUGACCAAAAGGACACCAUUGAGUUUCUCAUUGAAAACGGAGCUGAUGUCGAAAAGACUACCUCAGAGGGAAGAACACCCUUACAUCUUGCUGCCUCACAGGGACUUCUUAAUGUCAUGAAAAUAAUUUUCAGUCAUGGAGGUGAAGUGAAUAGAGAGCAAAAAGAUGGUUGGACUGCAUUACACAUUGCAGCUCAUAAUGGUCAACUUGAUGUCACCAAACAUCUCAUCAGCCAGGGUGCUGAUGUCAAUAGAGAGAAAAAAGAUGGUUGGACUGCAUUACACAUUGCAGCUCAUAAUAGUCAUCUUGAUGUCACCAAACAUCUCAUCAGCCAGGGUGCUGAUGUGCAUAAAGGAGAUAAUAAUGGUAGUACUGCAUUAUAUAUUGCAGCUCAGAAUGGUCAUCUUGAUGUCACCAAACAUCUCAUCAGCCAGGGUGCUGAUGUCAAUAGAGAGAAAAAAGAUGGUUGGACUGCAUUACACAUUGCAGCUCAGAAUGGUCAUCUUGAUGUCACCAAGCAUCUCAUCAGUCAAGGAGCUGAUGUGAAUAGAGAGGGAAAAGAUGGCUUGACUGCAUUACACAUUGCAGCUGGGAAUGGUCAUCUUGAUGUCACCAAACAUCUCAUCAGCCAGGGUGCUGAUGUCAAUAGAGAGAAAAAAGAUGGUUGGACUGCAUUAUACAUUGCAGCUCAUAAUGGUCAUCUUGAUGUCACCAAACAUCUCAUCAGCCAGGGUGCUGAUGUGCAUAAAGGGAAUAAUAAUGGUAGUACUGCAUUAUACAUUGCAGCUCAGAAUGGACAUCUUGAUGUCACCAAACAUCUCAUCAGUCAAGGAGCUGAUGUGAAUAGAGAGGAAAAAUAUGGUUUGACUGCAUUACACAUCGCAGCUCAGAAUGGUCAUAUUGAUGUCACCAAACAUCUCAUCAGUCAAGGAGCUGAUGUGAAUAGAGAGGAAAAAGAUGGUUGGACUGCAUUACACAUCGCAGCUCAGAAUAGACAUCUUGAUGUCACCAAACAUCUCAUCAGUCAAGGAGCUGAUGUGAAUAGAGAGAAAGAAGAUGGUUGGACUGCAUUACACAUUGCAGCUCAUAAUGGUCAUCUUGAUGUCACCAAACAUCUUAUCAGCCAGGGUGCUGAUGUGCAUAAAGGGAAUAUUAAUGGUAGUACUGCAUUAUACAUUGCAGCUCAGAAUGGACAUCUUGAUGUCACCAAACAUCUCAUCAGUCAAGGAGCUGAUGUGAAUAGAGAGGAAAAAGAUGGUUUGACUGCAUUACACAUCGCAGCUCAGAAUGGUCAUAUUGAUGUCACCAAACAUCUCAUCAGUCAAGGAGCUGAUGUGAAUAGAGAGAAAGAAGAUGGUUGGACUGCAUUACACAUUGCAGCUCAUAAUGGUCAUCUUGAUGUCACCAAACAUCUCAUCAGCCAGGGUGCUGAUGUGCAUGAAGGGAAUAAUAAUGGUAGUACUGCAUUAUACAUUGCAGCUCAGAAUGGACAUCUUGAUGUCACCAAACAUCUCAUCAGUCAAGGAGCUGAUGUGAAUAGAGAGGAAAAAGAUGGUUGGACUGCAUUACACAUCGCAGCUCAGAAUAGACAUCUGGAUGUCACCAAACAUCUCAUCAGUCAAGAAGCUGAUGUGAAUAGAGAGAAAGAAGAUGGUUGGACUGCAUUACACAUUGCAGUUCAUAAUGGUCAUCUUGAUGUCACCAAACAUCUCAUCAGCCAGGGUGCUGAUGUGCAUAAAGGGAAUAAUAAUGGUAGUACUGCAUUAUACAUUGCAGCUGAGAGUGGCCAUCUUGAUGUCACCAAACAACUCAUCAGUCAAGGAGCUGAAGUAAAUAGAAAGGAAGAAGAUGGUUGGACUUCAUUACACAUUGCAGCUCAGAAUGGUCAUCUUGAUGCCACCAAAGAACUCAUCAGUCAAGGAGCUGAUGUGAAUAAAAGGAGCGAUAAUGGUAGUACUGCAUUAUACAUUGCAGCUGAGAGUGGCCAUCUUGAUGUCACCAAACAACUCAUCAGUCAAGGAGCUGAAGUAAAUAGAAAGGAAGAAGAUGGUUGGACUGCAUUACACAUUGCAGCUCAGAAUGGGCAUCUUGAUGUCACCAAACAUCUCAUCAGUCAAGGAGCUGAAGUAAAUAGAAAGGAAGAAGGUGGUUGGACUGCAUUACACAUUGCAGCUCAAAAUAGUCAUCUUGAUGUCACCAAACAUCUCAUCAGUCAAGGAGCUGAUGUGAACAAAGGGAAUGAUGAUGGUAGUACUGCAUUAUACAUUGCAGCUGAGAGUGGCCAUCUUGAUGUCACCAAACAACUCAUCAGUCAAGGAGCUGAAGUAAAUAGAAAGGAAGAAGAUGGUUGGACUGCAUUACACAUUGCAGCUCAGAAUGGACAUCUUGAUGUCACCAAACAUCUCAUCAGUCAAGGAGCUGAUGUGAAUAGAGAGGAAAAAGAUGGUUGGACUUCAUUACACAUUGCAGCUCAGAAUGGUCAUCUUGAUGCCACCAAAGAACUCAUCAGUCAAGGAGCUGAUGUGAAUAAAAGGAGCGAUAAUGGUAGUACUGCAUUAUACAUUGCAGCUGAGAGUGGCCAUCUUGAUGUCACCAAACAACUCAUCAGUCAAGGAGCUGAAGUAAAUAGAAAGGAAGAAGAUGUUUGGACUGCAUUACACAUUGCAGCUCAGAAUGGGCAUCUUGAUGUCACCAAACAUCUCAUCAGUCAAGGAGCUGAAGUAAAUAGAAAGGAAGAAGGUGGUUGGACUGCAUUACACAUUGCAGCUCAAAAUAGUCAUCUUGAUGUCACCAAACAUCUCAUCAGUCAAGGAGCUGAUGUGAACAAAGGGAAUGAUGAUGGUAGUACUGCAUUAUACAUUGCAGCUGAGAGUGGCCAUCUUGAUGUCACCAAACAACUCAUCAGUCAAGGAGCUGAAGUAAAUAGAAAGGAAGAAGAUGGUUCGACUGCAUUACACAUUGCAGCUCAGAAUGGUCAUCUUGAUGUCACCAAACAUCUCAUCAGUCAAGGAGCUGAUGUGAACAAAGGGAAUGAUGAUGGUAGUACUGCAUUAUACAUUGCAGCUGAGAGUGGCCAUCUUGAUGUCACCAAACAACUCAUCAGUCAAGGAGCUGAAGUAAAUAGAAAGGACGAAGAUGGUUGGACUGCAUUACACAUUGCAGCUCAGAAUGGUCAUCUUGAUGUCACCAAACAUCUCAUCAGUCAAGGAGCUGAUGUGAAUAGAGAGGGAAAAUACGGUUGGACUGCAUUACACAUUGCAGCUCAAAAUGGUCAUCUUGAUGUCACCAAAUAUCUCACCAUUCAAGGAGCUGAAGUGAAUAGAGAGAAAAAAGAUGGUUGGACUGCAUUACACUUUGCAGCUCAGAAUGGUCAUCUUGAUGUAACCAAACAUCUCAUCAGCAAGGGAGCUAAAGUGAAUAGAGGGGAUAAGACAAGUUGCACUCCAUUCCAAAUUGCAGCUUACAAUGCUCAUCUCGAUAUCAUCAAAUAUUUCAUCAGUCAAGAAGGUGAAGUGAAUAGAGGGAACAAUUCCGGUUGGACUGCAUUACACGGUGCAGCUGAGAAGGGACAUUUUGAAGUCGCCAAAUAUCUCAUCGGUAAUGGAGCUGACAUGAACAAAAGGGAUGUUACAAAUCAGAUUGCAUUACAUUUUGCAGCAGAAAAUGGACAUAUUGAUGUCACAUCAUACCUUAUUAGUAAAGGGGUUGAGGUAAAUGAAGAGGGAAAGUGUGGUAGGACUGCAUUGCACCUUACGGUGCAGAAUGGUCAUCUAGAUGUCGUGAAAUAUCUCAUCAAUCAAGGCGCUGACGUGAAUAAAGGGGAUACUACAGGUUGGACUGCUUUACACAUUGCUGCUGAGAAAGGCAAUCUUGAUGUCACUAAACAUCUCAUCAGUCAUGGUGCAGAUGUGAAUAAAGGUGAUAGAACUGAUUGGAGUGCAUUACACAGUGCAGUCAACAGUGGUCAUAUUCAUGUCAUCAAAUACCUCGUUCGACUAGGAGCUAGUUUGAAUAAAGGGGAUAAUACGGGAUGGACUGCAUUGCACAUCGCUGCUGCGAAUGGCCACCAUGAUAUCACCAAAUGCCUCAUCAGUGAAGGUGCUGACGUAAAUAUUCAACAUGACACUGGACGGACUGCAUUACAUUUUGGAUCUGAGAAUGGUUAUCUAGAUAUCACUAAAUAUCUCAUCGGUCAAGGAGGUAUAGUGAAUAGCGGAGAUAAGACUGGUUUGACUGCUUUACAUCUUGCAGCUGCGAAUGGACACCUUGAUGUCACCAUGCAUCUAGUUAAUCAAAGAGCUGAGGUGAAUAAAGAAAAUAAUGAUGGUCACACUUCACUGCUGUUUGCUGUCCAGAAUAGCCAUGUUGAAAUCAUUGAAUAUCUGAUAAGCCAAGGAGCUAAAGCCGACCAGGGAAUCGCUGAUGGUUGUGUAAAAUUACUCUCUACUGUGCAGGAUGGUCGCCUAAAUAGCGUCCCCGUUCUGUUGGCACCAGGGGCGCGUCCUGAACUAGACGGCAUCCACAGAACGACUCCCCUAGGACUGUCUUUGCUGUUUAGGUACGAACAAAUCGCUGGGAUUCUAGCCACGUGUUCCCCAUCCGAGGUCAUCAACAGUUAUUUUCAUCAUGCCAUACAAGAGGGUCAUACAUUUGUUGUUGAGUGUCUAGUCAAUCGUGGAGCAGAUCUCAAUGUCCAGUCAGCAGACGGUCAGACGUGUCUUCAUGAAGCAAUCAAACUUUGCGACAGGACGGAGAGAAAAGUGCAAUAUAGUGACACACUAAGAAAGAUUUCUGAUGAAUUUUACGGCGGAGAACUUGCACCUGAGAAAGCCUUAGUGUUCUAUCUCCUUGACAACAGAGCCAAGAUAGAUGUGGAAGACAAGUCAGGUAAACUGCCAAUCCAUUAUGCCAAGGAUGAAGUGGUCAGACAGAUGAUAUUGUCAAGAUUAAAUUCCCUUGAAGACAUAAAGUUUUAUCGAGCUGAAAAACAAGCUGGAUCUACUGCAAGUCGCGUCAGAGUCGACAAAAAUAUCUCUCAGGAUAUAUUACAAGAGGACCAUGGCUUGUCAAUGUACAUCCCACCCAAUGCUUUGCUUCAGGGAGAAUCACGAGAGAUCACACUAACCCUCCUUCGAGACCCUCCAAGCGACGAGAUACAAGAUGAUGAAUCCGUGGCCUGCUACGGGAUCAGAUGUGAUCCUCCAAACAUGGUAUUCCUCAAACCUGCAAAGAUCAGGAUACCACACGCCACACUAGUUGCCAACCCAGCCGAAGUAAAGCCAGAUGUUGUGUCAUAUGAAUGGGAUUCAGUGAAUGAUCUGCCACGAACUUCAAGAAGCAGUUCAUCCGACACUCCAGCUGACAAGCCACCAUACUGCAAGGUCUACAAGAGACACCUUGAGCUGUAUAUCGACCACAGUGCUGAGUGGUGGGUUCUUAUUCCCCUUGAGCAGCAUGUGAUUAAACGCCGAUUCAUGUGCACACCGUAUACUCCAGAUGGAAUAAAAAGAGGACAGGAGAUUGGUGUCCACCUUCGUCUUCAUGAGGAUAUUCCUGGAAUGGAUGUGGAAAUACAAGAGGAGGAGAAGAAGCAGUGUUACCACAAGGUCCAUCCCUCUAUACCCAUCAGUAUUGCCUCCAAUGCAGGGGAUGUCAGUGUGACAUCCUACCGUGAUGGCGAUGCCGUGGGCGAGAAGGUUCUCCUUCUCAAAGACGUUCAAAGAAGAAUGCAACACCUAAUUGUUCUCCCGGUGCCUAUGCAUGAAGAUGACACGGACCUUCGAGUUACAGUCAUUCUUACCCAGUCUGGGAAACGGGUCGAUUUUUCAGUAUCACUCACCUUUGUUAUCAGAUGCUCUGAGGAAUGGACUUUGGAAGCCACUCCCUUUGGACGGGUGGUUGAGGAAGUCUCAAAAGGUGACCUCCAGGAUGUUGAUAUCCUCAACAUUGCUGAAAAGAUGACAGUGGAUCAGUUUUAUGAUUUAGGGGUAGCCCUUGGUUUCCCGAUCACACAGCUGGAUUCCAUAGAAUACCAGAGAAACAGAGACAGACAGAAGGCCUCAUAUGACAUGCUAACAAGAUGGCGGCAGACACAAACCUCUGUUCAAGCAGCGAAGGAAGAACUCAUCACAAUCAUGGAAACACUGGAUUCCCCUACUGAAGUCCUGUGUGCAUUAGAAACAAGUUGUGCAAGAGAAAUCCCAGACAAAGCGCUUCUCGAUUUAUCCCGAAAGAUAAAACCAGAGAAGUACUUCGAGAUUGGAACAAAACUCGGUCUUGAGUACAGAGAGCUUGAUCACAUAAAACAAAGGACAUUUGCUAACAGGAGGGACACCAACAUCCAAAUGCUUUCCACAUGGAAAUCAUAUCAGCCGCCAGGAGAAAAGGCAGUGGAGAGUUUGAAACUGGUUUGGGAUUCUGUCCAAUCUGUAAAUAAAGCUGACAAUAUGGAAGAAGAAGAAGAAGGUACUUCUGCAGUUCCCAAACAGUCUGUUGUCGAAAGAGCCAAGCAAACUGAGCUCGAAAGCGAACAUGAAACGAUGGAGAUCAUUGACUUUUCAGGAACGGAUUAUCCAAGUGGUUCUUCUUGUAAGCAUGGGGAAACCCAUGUGGAUCUUGAUCAACACGGUGGAAAACCAAACACAGAAGAGCUUUGUAGCGUGGCUCGUCAUGUCAAAUCCUUACAAACAGCACGUUCACUUGGAAAAACACUCCAUAUCGAUGACAUCAGCAUGAUUGGUUUCGUCACUCAGCUCAUUCCUUCAUUACUACGUGAGACAACGCAGCAGAUAGUACGAAUGUGGCACAAUGGCUUACAAGAAGGAGUAAAGGAAGAUGAACUCAACAAGUUAUUCAAGAAGUACAACAUCUCUGGUGACAAAAUAGGGGGCUAUGAAGAAAUAGCACAACUCAUUCGAUUUGACACAGAUCUACUAGACUUAGUUCGUCAUUUGGAUGUACACCCUACCGAUGUCAUGGAUAUCGUCAACACAUCUACAACCCUUACGUCACAUAUGAUUGUUCAUGUUGCCCUAAAAAUGCUGAUAGAAUGGUCCAACAGAGGUGGAACCAGGGAGAGGCUUCUGGCAAUUGCUCAGGCUUUUCACUUCUGUGGCGCUGACAUAGCGAAAGGUCUGGCAUGUCAGUCAACCUAUCCGUUUUUCAUCUCACACGGCACUAUUGAUCGUCAGGGAGGGAAGUUAACCCUCGAUAAACUUGGAAUUACUGUAUCUAUUCCUGAAGGAGCUAUUCCCAAGGGAAUGGGAUCAACUGUCACCCUUCGCGUAUCAAUACGCAAUACUCCAAGACUUCCCAUACGCGACGAUGAAGUUCUUAUUACUCCCGUCAUAGAGACUUCUCUCAAACAAAAACUUGUCAAGCCGGCAACGAUAGUACUACCACACUGUAUGGGUUUCAACAACGACGAUUCUACCUUUGUAAUGUACACCAAGACCGGGCUAGGAAAAUUCGGUCGCCGAAUGCUGGCUGGAGACGAUUUACGAAUCUCAAAACGUACGAUUGAGUUUUGUACACGUCAUAUUGAAGUUUUGGCUGUGUGUUUAAAGGGUCUUCCAGAUCUCCAACUGACAUGCUUAGUCUUCCAGCCUACGAUGAAGUUACCGGUGGAGCAUCCAUCUCUACGAGUGUACGUCAUUCAUCCAUAUAAGACAUAUGUCCAGGAUGUAAUCAAGAAGGAGCUGGAAUCACCUGUACCUUACUGUCAAGUUGGGAAGGAAUUCAAGUUCUCUGUAGGAUCAACAGCUAAGCACCUAAAGAUUAUUUACCAUGGAGAGACGAAGCAACACAAAGGAAUGGUAAUGCCCUUUAUUUAUCAUGGAAUGAUGCCCAUCAAGAGUAUUUUGUCUGGAGAUCGGUGCAGCCCUCUGGCCUUUAAGCUUCAGUUUUCCCCGGAAGAAAAUGGAAAGAAGAAUAUUCGAAUUGCAAUACAGGAAAGACACCAAUCUCUAUCAGAAAGACGGUUCAACAUAACAAUAGAAGAUGAACCUGAUUUCACGACCAACCAUAUGGAUUCGGAAGGACGAUUGAGCUGUUUAUCUAACAAUGUCAUCGAUACACUGGCUGAUGUAAUUGUCGAACGAAGGGAUGCAUAUUCAUUUGGUCGCCAUCUUGGUUUCUCAGACUCAGCUGUAGACCAAUACCUUAAUAAACCAGAUUCAUUAUCUAAGCCAGUCUCAAGAUCAGGCUUCGUUGACAUGCUAAGCGAUUGGAGACGGAGGGUCCGACCGAGUGAGCAGGUAGGGGAACUUCAUCAUUCCCUGAAUGACGCCGGUCUUAGCUAUGUAGCAGACAUCAUCCUUCACGGAGUGACUGUCUCAUCUAAACCUAACGUUGCUCGGCGCGUACGAGAACUUGAUUCACAUAAGUAGAAAACGACUGCUCCAUUUACCUGAAGACUCCUAAGCCGUUAUCUCUGGAAUGGGAUGGUCAUUGUACAAAACACACGGAGAAUCGAGAGUCUAGAGUCAACUAUCCUGAGGUUCUCUGAAGGGAUAUGUCACCCAUUAAUUUCAACUCAUAGAGACCAUUCACAGAAGUAUGUGAUAUGAUGUCAUUACUAAAGCCAAUAUUUUGUAAUUUCAAGGGACGCUUAUCUUUCAAAAGAUUAUAAUUGUGUUAACAUAAAUGGCAACAAUCACGCCAAUAACAGUAGGCGUAGUUAAUGGUAACAUCAUUAUAUUUUAUAUAUUUUCUAUCACAGUUUAAAUCAUUUAUAUUAUCUGUCGAAGUGAAGAAUAUCAUAUCAGGCGUAUAAUCAGGAGAUAAAAUAAUCAUGAAGAAAAAAUGAAUUAUUCUCUUGUAGCACAUUAUUUCAUACCAUGUACCACUCUCUCUAC